GCACUGGCCGUGAAAGCCGUGCCGGUGUGAUGCAAGUGGGCGAGAGAAGCUGCGGGCGGAGAUGCUCCGGCCCCCGAAUUUGCGAGGUGGCGGCUGGGCUGCCCGGCCUGGCAGCGCCCGCAGCCUCCUCCCUCCCUCGGCAUCUUUCCCUCUGCCCCUCGGCAUCCUUCCCGCUGCCCCUCGGCAUCCUUCCCGCUGACCCCACCAUCCUUCCCGCUGCCCCCGGCCCCGUCCCGCUGGCCGCUGCCGCGCGGUGACCGACGUUGAACGGCCACAACUGUUCCGCGCUCCCCUCCGCUCCGCUCCGCCGGACACGGCGCGGCUCCGCCCCGCACGGGAAGCGAACAAGGGUUGUUCUGGCUGCCCUUUGGAGCUGGGAGUGCUCCUCUCCCGCCGCCAUUGCUUCUUCGUCCUGAGCGUCCUUCCCGGGCAGGGUUGCGGCUCCCGCCGGAGGUGCCGGUGGCCGGCUUUUAGGGAGCGAUGACGACGGUGCGGAAAGAGGCGUUCGGGCGGAUGCCCGCGGAGGAGGGAGGCGGAGAGGUGGAGAAGUUCGUCCUACAGUCGGACAGCGUGAGAGUGGAGAUCCUGUCUUUUGGGUGCAUUAUCACCAGGCUGGAGACAAAAGACAAGGAUGGGCAGUUUUCAGAUAUUGUCCUAGGAUUUGACACUUUAGAAGGUUACACGGUGAAGCACCCGUACUUCGGUACUGUCGUGGGCCGUGUUGCCAACAGGAUUGCAAACGGGAAGUUCAGCGUGGACGGGAAGCAGUAUCAGCUGUUCAUCAACAACGGGCCCAACAGCCUGCACGGAGGAGCCAAGGGGUUUGACAAGGUGCUCUGGAGCGCCGAGGUGCUCCCGAAUGGCGUCCGCUUCUUCCGGCUCAGCCCCGACGGCGAGGAAGGCUACCCUGGUGACCUCAAAGUCUGGGUCACCUACACCCUUAAUGGCAAGGAGCUGGCCAUCAACUACCAGGCCCAGACCAGCAAGACAACCCCCAUCAGCCUGACAAACCACUCCUACUUCAACCUGGCAGGGCAGGGCUCCCGGGAUGUCUAUGACCACGAGAUCUCCAUUGAAGCAGAUUCCUACCUGCCUGUGGAUGACACCCAGAUCCCUACUGGGGAGGUGGCCGCCGUGCAGGGCACUGGAUUUGAUCUCCGGCAGCCUGUGGAGCUGGGCAAGCACUUGCAGAAGUUUCACCUGGGUGGCUUUGACCACAACUUCUGCCUGCACCAGGGGCAGGAUCGACGCCUUGUGGCCAGGGUUUUCCACCCGCCCACCGGCAGGACCAUGGAGGUUCACACCACCCAGCCUGGCAUCCAGUUUUACACUGGGAACUUCCUGGAUGGCUCCUUGAAGGGCAAAGGUGGUGCCACAUACCCCAAGCACUCGGCUUUCUGCCUGGAAACCCAGAACUGGCCUGAUGCUGUUAACAAGCCUCACUUCCCCAAUGCCCUGCUCCAUCCGGGUGAGGAAUACAACCACACCACGUGGCUCGUGUUCAACACUGCUUGAGGAGAAGGGCUGCUGACUCCCAGUGCUAAGAGGGGACUUGCACUUCGUUGAGGGCUUCCUGAUGGUGAACGGCUGAAAGGAAAACAAUCCAUAAUUAACAUUUCAGUAGAAAUGCUUGGGAAUCACAAAUACAGGAAGCAAAAAAACAACAGGAGUAUACCCAGACUCUGGCUCCCUUGAAGCACUUCUUAAAUAAAAUAACCAAUCACUACUGACAAAAA